AUGGAGUUCCUCCUCGGCAAGACUCAGAACAGCCUCGACAUCUGCCGGAUGGAGAAAGAGAUGCUGACGAAUGAGUUGGGCGAGGUCAAGCAAGACCUUGAGGAGAUGAAGCGGAGGGCUCGCCGCCAGCGGAAGCUCAAGCUCCGGGCAAGAGAGGCCAAGUACAUGCUUAAGGUGAAGGUGAAGCACCUUAAGACGGCGCUCCGCGAGGCCGAGACCAAGAUAGAGGAGCUGGAGGAUGAUGGCGAGGAUCUCCGCAAGGAGAACGCUGCCCUCCUUAGUGACGAUGAUGAUUACAUGGAUGAGGAAGGGUAUGAUUGGAACAACCCAUCCGAAGAGGAAGAUGAGGAUGAUAUGAAUUUCAUCAAUGAUGAGCCCGAAGAGCCAGCACCCCCUACCCCUCGCGAGUCGUCCGAGGAAGAAGACCCCGAGGAGCCACCGUUUGAGGAGCCGCCGACCAAGGAUGACACCAUCAUCCUUGACGACGACUAG